ACGUAGCAAUGAACCUUUCCAUAUGUCAAAUUCACCACCAAUGCUAAACCCGUAAUUCUCCCCCAAACCCCAUGCACCUAUAAAACCAUGAACAACGAGUGAACGAAACGGCGAACAGAACAACAGCAACGUUAACAAUGGGUUCUCGGUACGAAGUGGAAGUGAAGCCCUUAUCAGCACGCGCGCUCAAGAACGUGAACUGGCGCCACGGCCCCAACCUCCCCUACGUCGUCGUUUGGGCCGACCGAAGCUACUUACUCUCCACGUCCGUGGACGAGAACGGCAACACCGACGCGAAUUGGAAUGAAACGCUCACAAUUCCGUUGCCGGCUAAGCCCCUCGAGGAUCAAAAUUUGUUCAUCCACGUGGUCCACGCCGGCUCGGGGGAGGACACCAAGUCGCUGAUCGGCAAGGCUUGGCUCCGGCUGGUGGAUAUUGUCAACGACUUCGGAAUCGGUGAGCGCGUGAGAUGCACGCUCUCGCUGAAGCGUCCCUCGGGGAGGCCGCAAGGGAAGGCUGAGGUUAGCGUGACCAUCAGGGAGUCGAGCUAUGGUGCGCAGGGUGGGUACAACGCACCUCCCAACGGGGCACCACCACAAAAGGCGAAUUGUUACGCUACGCCAAGUGGGUAUCCUUAUAAUGCGACGGCGAAGGGAUGGGCUACGCUCGCUGCGGUUUUUGGUGGAAUAUCUGUGGAAGAUGCUGAGUAUGUUGAUGACAAGAAUCAAGAUGAUGCGGAAGAAAAAAGAGUGGAGGAUGAUCUUGGUGCUGAGGACAAGAUUCAAGAUAACGUGGAAGCAAGAGUGGAGGAUGAUCUUGGUGACCAUGCUGAUGAUGAUGACGACUUCUGGCGAUGACUUCUGUGAUGUUUCAGGAGGAGGGAAAUAAAUGGAACAAUAAUAUUUCAAGUUUUUUUUUUUUUAUUUUCAGUUGAAAAUAUUUAUUAUAUAUAUAUCCUUUUUAUUAAUGAUAUCAAAAUAAUCUUAUCAAUGC